ACAGGCAGAGUGGACAGUGAGAGAGAGAGAGAGAGAAAGGUCUUCCUUUUCCAUUGGUUCACCCCCCAAUGGCCGCUGCGGCCGUUGCGCUGUGCUGAUCCAAAGCCAGGAGCCAGGUGCUUCUCCUGGUCUCCUAUGUGGGUGCAGGCCCAAGGACUUGGGCCAUCCUCCACUACACUCCCGGGCCCCAGCAGAGAGCUGGCCUGGAAGAGGAGCAACCGGGACAGAAUCCAGUGCCCUGACUGGGACUAGAACCCGGUGUGCUGGCGCCACAGGCGGAGGAUUAGCCAAGUGAGCCGCAGCGCCGGCCAAAAUUCUGAAAUUUCUUUCAAAAAUAGUGUUUUGGAGCGGCCCCUAUGUAGGCUUAGUCCAGGUUCUUAUCUCAACAUCCGAAGAAAUUCAACAAUGAGACGUAAGGAAAGGUAAGCAGAGGAGCAUGGUUUAUUGAAAGUGAAAGUACACACUCAAGGAAUGAGCACUGAUCAGUUAGAGCAACUAACAGUUUGGAGCCCUUCUUUUCUUUGAUCUGGGGCCAUGGGCGUGGUUUCUGGGGCGAGGUUUAAUGAAUAUUCAAAGUGGGUGGAAUAUGGGGCUGGGCUUGAGUACCACCCAUUUCCUUGUCCUUUUUAAAAAAAUCUUGGAAGUGUUAUGGCAUUUCCUGCAUGAUGGGAGUGGGAAUGUUGGCAAUUUCAUUAUAAUAAACUAAAGGUCACCAUGGGGACACAGCCAGCAGUGGUUUCGGAUAUUUGUAGCCUGCACGGAAGAGGGUGGGGUUCGGUGGUGCGUGUGGUGCUGCAGGGGUGGCGAGGUUGUAGCGCAGUGCUGGCAAUCCUUUGCUCCUCUUUGCUAGCUACCUCCCUUCCUACAUCAAUAGUAUUUAUCUAUGUAUGUACUUAUGUAUAUAUCUAUUUAUUUGAAAGAGUUAGAGAUCUUCCAUCUUCUUGUUUCAUUCUCCAAAUGGCAGCAAUGGCCGGAGCUGGGCUGAUCUGAAGCCAGGAGCCAGGAGCUUCUCCCGGGUCUCCCGCAUGCAGGGGCUGAAGCACCUGGGUUAUCUUCUGCUGCUUUCCAAGGCACUAGUGGAGCAGCUAGGACUCGAAGUGGUUUCCCUAUGAGAUGCAAGUUCAUUUCUUUUCCUACCUGUUACGGUGUAUUGGGGCAGAAGGUGGCAUGUCAGGAUAACUGAAGUCAAUAUCUGUUAGAAAUAUGAGCAUGAUUGAUUUUGGGGCUAUUUCAUCCAAGGACCCCUGAAAAGUAUGACUUCUAAGGAAAAAAAGAUUUUGAUGGUGGUAAUUCUAAUAUCUUUUUGAGAUACCCUUAUAAUUCUAUAUUCUCCUAAUUUUUUUUCCAUCAGUAGAUUGGAGAAUGAUGACCUAGGCUUUUGUAAAGAUUACAUAUCUAUAUAGAGACAUCUUAGUUUUUGUAUCAGGUGGAUGGAAGAAGAAAAGUUAAAAACACUGACAGAAUUCCAGAACUCUCCAGAAGCUUGGGGUUUAUUGCAUUUGUGGGAUGAAGAAACUGAAAAGUUAACUAAUUUACCAAGUGGGCAGUUAACUAAUUUACCAAGCUCAAAAGCAGAGCCAGGAAUUGACUUUGUUGUGUUGGGUACCAGUGCUGGAGAAGGAAACCACAGCUUCCUGCCUUGAAGAUCACAACUUAGCUCAGCCUGCCAAUCAGAGUGCUUGCUUAUUCACUGCGUUCUCACAACUGGCUGAAAGCUAAGUAAAGAGGAAUGGCUGUGCUUAAUCAGAAGUCUGUCUUGGAUAUGAUUAAGGAGUUCAGAAGGAAUUGGCACACUCUUUGUAACUCUGAGAGAACUACUGUGUGUGGCGCAGACUCCAUGCUCUUGGCAUUGCAGCUUUCCAUGGCAGAGAACAACAAACAGCACAGUGGAGAAUUUACAGUCUCUCUCAGUGAUGUUUUAUUGACCUGGAAGUACUUACUAAAUGAGAAACUGAACUUACCAGCUGAAAAUAUGGACGUGGUUGACCAUUAUGAGGAAAUUAGGAAGACUUAUGAUGACUUCUUGAAAAACAGUAAUAUGUUAGAUCUGAUUGAUGUUUAUCAAAAAUGUAGAGUUUUAACUUCUAAUUGUGAAAAUGACAAAAUAUCACCUAGUCAACUACGGGAUUUUCUGUCUGGCAGACAGUGUACGGUAGAUGAUGAAACUGACCUUUGUUUACCAACGUCACCAAUGAGUGAGCACCACCAGGAUACUGAAAAGAUGCGGACACUGGCAAAAAAAAUUAUCUUCUCUUACUUAAACUUGCUAGUGAAUUCAAAGAAUGACCUGGCUCUGGCUCACAUUCUUAAUAUUCCUGACAGAGGACUUGGAAGAGAAGCCUUCACAGAUCUGAAACAUGCUGCUCGAGAGAAACACAUGUCAAUUUUUUUGGUGGCUACAUCAUUUAUUAGGACAAUAGAGCUCGGAGGGAAAGGAUAUGCACCAUCACCGUCUGAUCCUUUAAGGACACAUGCAAAGGGAUUGUCUAAUUUUAUUAAUUUCAUUGACAAAUUAGAUGAGAUUCUUGGAGAAAUAUCAAAUCCAAGCAUUGCAGGGGGUCGGAUACUGUCCGUGAUAAAGAUGCAGCUGAUGAAAGGCCAGAACAGCAGGGAUGCUUUUUAUAAAGCAGUCGAGGAAGUUGCUCAGGAUUUGGAAUUGAGGAUUAAAAAUGUUAUCAAUUCUCAACAAGGAGGCGUAGCUGUUAGCACCACUGACAUCAGUCCUGCACGGCCAAAAUCUUUUGCCAUAAACCAUGACACUGCAUACUGUGGCAGAGAUACUGUGAAAACCUUACUUGUUCUUUUGGAUGAAGAAGCAGCCAGUGCUCCUACAAAAAACAAAGCAGAGCUUUUAUAUGAUGAUGAAAACACAAUUCAUCCUAACAGAAUUUCUGUGCUUACACUUUUUAGAUCUCCCUCGCAAGUGAGUAAUUCAUCAUUGAAACCUUUAAGAGAACGCGUCCAAAAGUCAAUGCAGGAGAAAAACAUUAAGAUGAAGCAAUCCUUGAUUAGAUCCCAGUUUGCUUGUACCUAUAAGGAUGACUUUCUGAUAAGCAAGGAUAAAUGGAAUAUUACUUCAGCAUCAAAACCUUUGUGUGUUCUUAACAUGGAAAACGACCUCUCUGGGGGUGUAAAUUCAUCUGUUGGAAGAUCAACAGUUGGAACAAGUUUUGAAAGUGUUCAUCUGGACAGACGUACAAGUGAAAAAGUGUCAAGAAAAUCAAGUAGUCAGACAAGAAAUAAAAGCUCAAAAAGGAAACAGGUGGAUUUGGAUGGUGAAAACAUUCUCUAUGAAAAUGGAAAUGAACCAUCUCAACAUAAAAGCAUAAAGAUAGCUAGGAUACCAAACAAUUCACAGAAUAGAUUAGAUGGCAAACUAGGCAAAGUACCAAAAGGCAAGUGUACUGCCAAGGACAAAUUGAUUGCUGGCCAAACAAAGUUAACUCAAUUUUUCAGACUCUGAUUUUGUUUUUAAUGUGCUUAAAUUUAUGUUUAUAUAAAACCAUUAACCAAAAAUACUGAAUUUUUAGAGAUUAAGGUGUAAAUCAUGCCACUUUAUUAUUUUGGUCUGAAGUGUAUGUAAGGUUACUAUGUUAGACAUUUCUCAAAAAAACUAGCAAGUCAUAGUUCAUGCAGAAUUUUCACAAAGUUUAAUGCACAAAACAAGCAUAUCAUUUAGGUUAUUGAUAUAUCUUAACACUAUCUUUUAAAACAGGCAAUUUAAAUAAUACACAAGUUAGGGUAACAUUAAGGGCUUCUCUUUCUACUGGCAACUAAGCAGUUUUGUUUUCUUCUGAAAGGAUGAUGUGGACCAACAGAUUUCAGACUUGCCAACAUGGUCGGUAGACUCUUCCCAGCAUACACCUGAGCACUGAAGGAAAAAAGUCUAAAUUGUUUAGCAGGAAAAAGAAUGUACCAGAUGAAUCAAAGUUACAAUAACCAGUUGAAUGCUUUUUAAUUCAUGUUUUUGGCAGAAAUAAUAUUUGAUCCAAGUUCAGUUAAACUCAAGAGUUUUAUGAUAUUGAUAUAAAACUUGGUUUUAAAAAUACUACUCACUGUCAAAAUCUCUCCUUCCUAUAGGAAAUUUAGCAGAGUUUUCCUCAUCCCCAAUUUCUCUCUUUUCUUGUGUUGAUUCAGUAUUCUGAACUCCAUUCUCAGCUGGAAAGGCUACUGAUCCUUUUAGUGCAAGAUAAGGCUUUAGAGCCAGAUGCAGUGGCAGACCAUGAUUUAAGAAAUUAUGUUUGGAGCCUGUGUUCUGUAAAAAGAAGGUUGAUUUGUAUUUUAGCGGUCUUGCUAGAGAUGGAGCUAUCACAAUUUAUAGUAUUCUUACUGCUUACAAAUGCUCUGCACUGUUUUUGACUCCUUAAAAAUACCUUACAUUCAAGUUUAUUGGGAAAGAAACCUAGUAUAUAUGAAAUUAUCAGUUGUCCUAAUGCACAUUGGGACUAUUUGCAUAUACUUCUCUUUGAAAAAUAAAAGUAUCAAUUUUAUUUUUCAAAGAACUUAUAGAAGUCAUUUAAAUUUCCAUUGAAACAGAGGACAAUUCCCAUUACUACUUACUUUUGAAUUUUUGUUUUCUUCCUCAUUCAUGAAAAUGGUCUCAUCAUCUUUAUAUUGUUCCAGGGAAGGAGCAAUGACUGAUUUUUCUGCGGUAUCUUCCUUCUGAAAGGCUUUUCCCAUCCUAAAUGUAUUAAGUACCAUGGCAUCUUCUAAAUUCCGUAUGGACUUGGAAGCCGAAAGUAAAAUACCUUGAGAAAACAAAGCAAAAGUUAGUAAUAACACGUAGGAAGAGAGGCUCAUUUUUGCCAUUCCUAGCUUGAUGUUUGCAUAGAGUCGAAUUUGCAGUCAACCCACUUGGUAAAUGAAUCCCUACCUUUAUAUAUUUUUCAGCUUGAAUAGAAGACACUUCAAGUGCUUACACUUUGAUUUCAGAAAUGACUCAUCACAGAGGCUAACCUUUUACAUAGCUGCUAAUACCUGCAUUGUUUUGGGUUUAAUGGCAUAUUUGAGUGUGAAUUCUCAGAAUCUGAUUAAAAUCCUAGGUAGAAUGCUUUCUGUUGAGUAGAUUAUAGUCUCUUGAAAAUGGGUUGUUAUUAAGGAAGACCACAGGACAUCAGGCUCUGUUAUUGUUUCCUUCUGUGUAUUUUCUGAUUAAGCAAGAUAUUAAAACUCAAGUUACUUUACUCAACAAUGAUAAGGAUGAAAGUUUUGUUUCCCUUUAAUCCUGAUUAAAUUGAAAUAAACUUUAAAAAGAUUCUUGUA